AUGACUAUACAAGCACGAACACCAGAACAAAAACUCUCUGAUGAUAUAAAACAACGUCAGGAAUUAGAAUAUCAAACUAUGAGUUCUAUUUCUGAUGAUGAACAUAACCUACAACGUAUUCGUGCGAUUCGACAGGAUAACCUCAUGAAACUAUGGGCUGUGCAUUCAAUUAUUAACGAUAAACCGAAUUUAUUAGUUGGGAGUGAUGUGGAUAAUUUGGGUAAAAGUUCUGCGAGUGGUAAUGUAAUGAAAAAACAAGGUUCGUCGCAUUUGUCAACAGGAAAGAAGAAAUUUUGUACUUUUUGUCAUAAAAAUGGAGAACCUGCGAUUGUUUAUGAAGAUCAUAGUGUGAAAAAUUGGCAGGGGCAUGUUACAUGUCCGAUUUUGCGGAGGCACAAGUGUGAGAUAUGUGGCGCCACUGGUAAGUAUGCGCAUACAAUAAGGCAUUGUCCGGAACAAAAUGGCGGGAAAGAAGGGAAACUUCCGGUUUUUAGAGUUUUAGCCAAUGGGGCUAUAACAUCAUCACACAAUCACAAGUAA